UUGAGCGGGACUACGCCGAAACGAGUCUGGGAGUUGCAGUUCACUGGCGACAAGAGCACUGAUAAUGCCAGCGUCUGUAGCGGAUCAAGGCGCGCUGCCACAGGAGGUGAUGAUUUACGAGGAGUUAAAAACACCAGAGAUUGAUCAAUUGGCUGCUGGACGCUGUCAACCUGUCAGCGGGAAGGUAAUGGAGACCGGCAAAAAGCGAACACUAGACGUAAUGCAGAGUGAUGGUCAUAUUGCAGCGAGGAAAACAGUCGAAGACACGCCGGAUCGUACUUCGAGCGAGGACGAGCAGCAACGACGAGACAAUCCUGGAGCUGUGCACGUGGACGCUGGGCUUCCCCCGAUGGCUCCCACGAAGGUCCCGCCGAAGUCGGCAAUGGCAGCAAAAGAAGACGCAAACAAAAAUCAAAGUGAGAGGUAUAGGGCUGCGAAUGUGGUGGAGGUGGUAGGAGGAGAUCGACUGCCCAGACCUCCGGCUGCAACGAAGAAGACGAAGCUGGGGAAGGCCAAGACAUCGAAGAAAGCAGCUACGAAAUCUGACCAAGAGCGGAGGAGAAAACGGAAGGAGAGAAAUUCAAGAUCGUCUGCAGGCAUCUCGCAGGCAUCGGCGGAGAUGCUCUUCCAGUGCUCAUGCCAGCUACUGAGGACGCAGGCGCUGGAGUAUGAUGUGCGUGCUCGUGAGAUGGAGGAGCGCAAUUCGACACAGGCGAAGGAGAUUGAGGAGUGGGAGAAGAGGAUCCGUAGUCUCAAACGCGAAUUGGAGGAGUACGCAGACGAGCUGCCGUCGAGUGAGAUGGCAGAUACGGCUUUGAUCGAGGCACAUCCCGCGGCUCAAAGAGCAUCCGGGGAGCAAGCUAACCCACUGUCAGCAAUGGCAAAUGCUGUCAAUUUUGGAGCAGCAGCCGCUGUCGAGUCCUCACUGCCCCCUGCUGUCAUUGCCGCCGAAGCCAAGCUCCAAGAAGAGCUGCGGAAGCGGGCAGAGAAGGUGAACGAGUUUUGCAGAAGUGUACCAGGCUUUAUCGAGUCCCUGGACAAACCGGCCUCGUUCUGAAAUUAUCUAUCCGGUCGACGUUAUUUUAUUCCGAAGUCUCAAUGGGGCAUGAAGCGGCAGUAGGUACCUAAGGCGAGCGCCCCAUGCGUGUCAAAGUUAACAAGUUCAACAACGUCCAUACAUUCUUGCAGUCAUCG